AUGUCUCUUAGGUUGCUUUUUGGCUCAGUGAAACUAAGACAUCUUUGGAUGCUAGUUUUGGCAUAUGUUAUCUCGUUCAUUGUGGUGGAUCAUCAUAGCUUUUCGCUGAUACCAGUUUGGGCUUUACAUUUAAAAACUAAUAAACAUGUUCCAGUUGAGUCAGAUGGAAAUUCUAGCAAUUUGUUUAGCACAGUUGUCGAGUACUCAUCACACAAUCGGAGCAUCUACUUGUCAGUUACUGUUCCUCAAUCAAAUAGUAGUUCUUCAUACGAUUUGGUCGUUUUCCAACUCCCUAUGUCAAAGUCACUUGAGUUUUCUGUUAUGGAUCCUGAUCGUAAAAUAGCUAAUUCUCUAAAUUUCCAAAAAAUACAGUCAAACAGUUUUAACCGAAAACCGGUCAGGUUGAAAUCUUUGUUUUAUAAAGGUAGUUUGAUCCAUGUGGUUGUAGAAUGUCGCAAAAUUAGCUCUCCAGUGAACUCUUAUGUUUUAUUUGAGAUUGCUGUGUACAAUAGUCAGCUCAGAGAAACAUGGAGGAGAGCUCUUUAUCAAAUUCAACUGGAUGAGAACGCUCUAGACUUCAAAUCAGUUCCUAUCUCCUUAUCAUUUGAUUUAACAUGCGGUUUGGUUUAUCCUAGACUUUGUGGGGUGAUCUUUGUCGGUUUCCUGACAAAUAAUAUCAGCUUAUCACAUUACUCUACCAUAUCCCUUUCAUUGGAUGAUGGGGAAAUACUUUGGCACCAUCUAGUUGGUGAUUUCGAAGAUUCGAUAAAAGCUUAUGAAAGUGAUUUAGUUUUGAAGAACUGGAAAAUACGCAUUUCGAAACAAUAUCUGUUUAGAACACAUAUUGAUGAAUCCCCGUGGACCGAAUUUACUGAAAGUCUCUCCCAUAUUUUCCCUGUUCGUUGGUAUGGUGUGGGUAGUUGUGAAAUUCGCCUUGUAUAUGCAAAGAAACACUCAGAAUAUCCUGUAGAAAAGUCUCUGCGUACCCCAAAUGCAAUUGCUGUGAUCCAUCAAUCAGGUCUAGAUCUUCUAGAUUUAAAAUCUGGUCAUCCGCUUAUGACUAUUACUUUAAGAUGGAAGAUCGGAUCAACAUAUACUAUUCUCUCUACUCCGGUAUCUGAUGGUCUGAUUAGUCGCCAGCUUGGAUCGCCUACAAUUUAUGAACUACGAAUUGCUUCGGAAAUUACGGAUUCCCCAUCAAAUGGUUUGAAGAUAAAAGUGCAUUCUAGUUCUGACCAUGUUAAUUCAUCUCUGGAGAGUGACUUUUCACAUACUGUCGACUGUCAGGGUAUAUUCAUCCGUCACGAAUCUGCACCUAACAACUGGCAAGCAGUCAAGUCGUUUUACUCAAACGAAAUGAUUGCAAUUCAUUCAUCCACUUAUCAUGGUUUGUGUCGUCCUUUCAGAAUGUGGGAGUAUUCCAGACUAGGUAGAUCUAAUUGGCAAGAAGAUUCAAGAAAAUCUACUCCACCAGUUGUGGUGAAAAGACAUAUUCCAUUAUCAGGCUUAGCUAGAUUAUGGUAUUCGUUGAUGCGUGAUAAAUUUGAUGAAUUCAAUCAUUACGGUAUGAAUCAAGAUUUAAGCCAUACAAAUGAUCAUGAACAUCAUGACAUUUACUUUUUAACUUCGGAUGGAAUUAUUACUUCUGUAUCGAACUAUGGGUAUGAAAACUGGCGCGUAAAUUCUGAAGUCUCCUGGUUACAAGUUUCACGAACCUUAGGAACACUUACGUCUCAUGGAGAGGAAGGAUCUGUUGAUAAGCAUUUAGAUGAUCUGUACAUAGAACACUUUCAUCCCUCGUUAACUACAAUCAAUCUUGCAUCUUUAGGACAAGGAUUUGUUCGUGAUCUUAGCGUAUUUUCCAAGAUAAAGCCUACAAUAACUACUAUGCCAUUAUUGGUCUCUACUGGAUGGGAUUCUGUUGGUGUUGUUGAUCGAACUAAUGGUAAAUUAUUGGCUGCUCAUCGACUCCCAACUCAACCAACUGGUCAACCAAUUGUUAUUUCACUUGCACUAUUCAAUACAACUAAAUUUUCAGAAGUUGUAAAUGUUCCUACUAUAUUGUUGGUUCCAUGUAAUGAUAUACUUGUUGGUUUUGUUUUAGUACAAAGUCUACGCAUAUGGCUUUUGAUACCUUUGAUAAUUAGUUUGACUGUAUCAUUCUUUGUGCUUACAUGGUGUUGUGAUUUGGAUGCAUAA